ACGUUUGGAACGUACCAGAGCAGUAGAUUAAAACAUGGGUACAUGAACCAAGUGACCGCUCCGACGGCGAGAUCUGAAGUUGUCGCCACUCUGUUUUAAUGUACUGCUCUGGAACGUACGCCAACAAAUGUGGUACUGUAACGAUUUACGUCCUGUUUUGACAGUCGAGCUGUGCUAUGUUUUGAUUGGUCAUUUAAUGCAAACUGUAUGCCUCUACUUAGCGUAUUGCCCUCGUCAUCAUGUGGACAUAACAGAAUAACGCUUUACUACGGAUAAUAAGUCUGUUUUUCACCCGGAAGAACAGGUUAGUGUGGAUGAAGCUCCUCUCAUGCUUGUAGUUAGCAAGUAGCAGCUUGAUAGCAUCCAGUCUUGUCGCCUCGUUGUCGUGCUUCAUUACAUUGCUACCCAGCAAAUGUCGCGUUAAUACCCAGUACUCAUACAAUCGAUAGUGAUAGCUAAGUAUUAGAGCAUAAUUACACAGGGUUUCUCCUUUUGUCUUUGACAGCCAUGGAGUUUCUCCCCGUGCUAGACCCACUAGACAAACCAAAGGGAGGGAUAUGGUAAGUAAAUUCAACCAACUCUUUUAAAACUUAAAAAAGAAAGCAAACCUUUGUACUUAAAGUAACUUUUUCCACAACAGGUAUUCUUUGAUACCAGGAGGAAGUGCUCCAGGUGUUAGUGUGGGUCACACCUGCACAUUUAUGCCGUCUGCAGACAACGGAAAGGGAAGGGUCCUUAUUGUUGGAGGGGCAAAUCCAAGUGGAAGUUUCUCAUGUUCACAUGUCAUUGAUCUAGGUAAAAUUGUAUUGAAAUCUCCCAAGCACAUAAAAUCUGUACAGAUAGUGUCCUUGUAAGCCACUGUGCCAUAAAAAUUCACAAGAAUGAGCAAAUUUCAAAAAUAAUUUUUCAAUAGGGGAGAGUGGGGUAAGAUGAGCCAUUUUUCAUAUUUCAGAUCACUACAUCAAGGCAAUCAUAGUUUUGUCUCUAACUAGUGUAUCUGCAUAUAUAUUUCAAGAUGUUGUGCAUCCCUGCAAACCAACAGAAUGAGUGUAAACAUAACUGUCUUGAUAAUAUAGCAUGCCAAAAAAAGUGGUCUCCUGUGGUCAACUUAACCAGUGUAUGGGGUAAGUUGACCAUAGGAGCGGGGUAAGUUGAGCCUUAUCCCUACCACCUCCCCACUCUCCACCCCAGCCCUCCCUCACCUUCUCUCUCCCUAAAUAACAGUCACUUCUUCACAUUCAUGUGUAUUAUUAUCUAUUAUACACUUUUCAACUGGUACAAUAAUUCUUUUUAUUUUUAUUGAAUAUAAUUUUCAGCAUAUCGUUUAAAUGCAUCAGUGAUAUAUCCUGACAUGGCGAGCUCAUGACUGCUUCACAUUCCUGUCAUCAGGCUUUCUCUGAGUCUUUGGUCUGUCAUCCUCCACCAGAUAAUCAUGAAUGGGACAUCCCGGAGUGGGAGAGUUUAGAGCAACGGUAUGAACACUGCUGCUUCGUACCAAAAAGCUGUCCUCAGAGCCUGUGGGUGUUUGGGGGGGCGCAGCAAAGCGGUAAUCGCAACUGUAUCCAGAAUUUACAGCUAACAGGUAAGUCAAGUUAAUCAAGUAAUCUCUUAAAUUGAUUUGUAAAAUAGCACUCAGAUGCUUUCACUAAUUCAUACCACAUGUAUAGCACUAGGGGUGCUGACAUAAUUAAUGCAUGACAGUAUCUUCAUUCAUGUCCAUUAUCUUGAAUUAUAAAUAGAUAGAUCGAAUUUGUCUCUAACUAACCAGACAGACUGAAAGUAGAUUGUGUGUCCAUCAAUAUCUGUGAAUUUGUUUGUGUUUUAGAGAACGUGUCUCAGUGGAAGACAGUAUCAGCGAAUGGCAAACCCCCCAGUCCUAGAACAUAUCACACCAACUCUGCCUGUCUAGGAGACGAACUGUAUGUCUUUUGUGGUGGGGAAGCUGGAGCAGCACCAGUCUCAGACCCUGCACUUCAUGUUUUUGACUCAGGUUUGUGUUGAAUUAAAUUACUACCUCAGUGUAUUAAGCAGUGCUUGCAUUUGUGUGAAGUAGCAUCUAAGUUUCAUCAACAUCUAAAGAUGUCAAAUUCAGUGGAGAGUCAACCAUAUGAUCAAUAGACAUGUUGGUGUUAUUGAAAAAAUUACGAUAAGUUUUUGUUUGUUUGUUUUUUGGACAAUUAAAAAAAAAAGUUCAAAUGAAAGUUCUUUUAAUUUGCUUAAUUGUCUUUGAACAAAUCAAUAACGUGAUAAAGAAAUGAUUGCAAAUGGUCAAGACAGACAGUUUUAGGAUCCUUCAACAGCCUUGUGUUUAGGUACACCCUGGCUGAGGGUUCCAUUACUAGAGUUAUGAUGAACAAUAUCAGUAAAACUUCUGCUUAUUUUAUGGAAUUAUAGAUCAAAUUGUGAAGAAGUCUUUUUAAAGGGACAGCAACACUCAGAAUGUAAAUGAAGAAUCUUGAUUUCAUUUUAAUUUGAAAAUAUAUUUUACCAGUAUUCAUUUUUAUUUUGUAAAAACUACAGAGCUUUCAUAUUCUGCCUCUAGUUCUUGUCCAUAACAAAAUUAUUGUUUCAGCCUUUCCACUUGCUCAAGUGAACAAUUAGUAUGUGACCCUUUGCUAACCAUAUUUAUGUCUAAAAUACCAUACAGUUAAAUCAGGGUGUGUUUAUUCGCCACAAUGACAGUAAUCAAAUAUGUAGUGGCUUUUAUUUUUUUCCCUUUUCACUCAGUAUCGUCCACAUGGACACAACCAGAAACACAAGGCAGACAGCCAUCAGCCAGGCAUGGCCACAUAAUUGUAGCAGUAGGUUCAAAGAUCUAUAUUCAUGGAGGCAUGGCUGGGGACAAACUCCACAAUGAUAUGUUCGCUCUCGACACAAGUAAGCUUGAUUUAUGAUUAUUAAAGUAAAGAUGAAUUUAAACAUGGAACUUAAGAGUGAAGCAUUUGUUUCUUCAAAAGUUAGAAAACAAAUUUCUACUUUUCAAAGGGAUCAUGAAAUGGAAGAAAGUGCAGGCCAAAGGCGACAUCCCACAAGGGGUAGCAGCCCACUCGGUUGUGGCACUGGGCAAGAACAUCUACAUCUUUGGAGGGUUGACGGCAGAUGGAGCCAGUAAUUCCAUGUAUCAGUUCAACACAGGUACUCUUUUUUUUUGUUUUUACACAAGCCCUUAAAUCUGCAACUGAACAUUUAUACUCUGGCAUACUGUUCUAACAGAGUUAUGUGAUGGUGCCAUUUGCUGUCACUAUCAGUUUGUGCUUUUUCCCCCAUUGGUCUUAAGAUUUUGUCCCUCCUGUUUGCAGACAAACAUAGCUGGGUCCUUAUGAAGUUUGAAGGAGAUUUGCCUCCGAACCGCCUGGACCACUCGAUGUGUGUAUUACCAUGGAAGGUGCAUGUUGAGGAACAAGAAGAUGAGGGAAAAGCCAACAGCCCAGCUGCCACAGAAACUAUAAAUUUGGCCUUUAUAUUUGGAGGGAUGGAUACGGAGGGUGUCCUUUUUAAUGACUGUGUUGUCACCGUUAUUACAUGAUGUAAUAUUGAUUUGCCAAAGUUGUAAUAAAUUGUCGUAAGCACCGGA